UUUAAAGGUUAAUCAGUUUAUGGUAAGUCACAAAGAUCGUAUUUUAGAAUUCUAAUGCGGAGUUUGUUUGUGGAACGUAUGAUCUCUGUUACACAUCACUGAUCCGUAUUAAGUUACUUUACGGAGGUAAUUUUAACCGAUCAAGUUUGUUCAAAAAAAAAGUUUGACCAAAUUUUUUCUCAUUCUUGCCCUUUCAAGAUUAUAAUGGAUGAUGAUAAAUUUUUACCGAAAUUAUCACAAAAUUUACUUGAAAUUUUAAAUGAUGAAGAAUUUUAUGAUAUUACAAUUGAAGUUGGUAGUGACCCUUAUGUGAAAGUAUUUCGUGCCCAUAUGGUUAUUUUAAAUUAUCGUUCUCCUUAUUUGCGUAGAAUUUUAUCAACUAAUAAAAAGAAAAAUGAUGAAAUUUUAACACAUAUUAAAUUACCAAAUAUUUCUCCCGAUUUUUUUCACAUAUUAUUAAGAUAUAUUUAUGGCGGAAGACUUUCUUUGGAAGAAUAUGAUAUUUCAGAUAUCAUUAAAAUUUUGGUUAUUGCUAAUGAACUUAGCCUUCAAGAAUUAAUUCCUUAUAUGGAAUCUUUUUUAAUCGAAAACAAAAAAAACUGGAUGGAACAAAAUUUUGAAUUAAUAUAUCAGAUAAGCUUUGGAAACGAUUCUUUCUCCGAACUUCAAAAAUAUUGUGCUGAUUUUAUUUCUAAAGGGCCAGAAAAGAUAUUUAAUUCUCCAAAUUUUUCUACAUUUCCAGAAAGACUUUUAAUCACGCUUAUCCAAAAUGAUAAUCUUCAAAUGAAAGAAAUUGAAGUAUGGGAACACGUAAUUAAAUGGGGACUCGCUCAAAAUCCAGAACUCUCUUCUGAUCCUACAAGCUUUUCAAAAGAUGAUUUUAAUGCUUUAAAGAAUACUUUACAUCAUUGUAUUCCUUUUAUUAGAUUUCGUAAUUUAACUUCAAGGGAAUUUUUGAUGAAAGUAAAAUCUUAUAAAAAAAUCUUACCAAAGGAAUUAUAUAAUGAUUUACUAAAUUAUUUUUUGGAUAAUGACAGCAAGGAAUCAUUACCUCGUAUAUCAAUUUCAAAACAAAAAUCUAUAUUAGAAAUUAAUAGAGUUACAAAUAGUGAUAACGAGUCACAAGAAUAUAUAUCAUUUAUAUCAGGACGAUUAAUGGGAUAUGCUAAUAAUUUAUUGAAUAAGCAAAAAGUUUUAACUAACAAGAUUAAAAAUAUUGAUUCUAAGAUAAUUACAUCUCAACAUGCUGAAAUAAUUUCAAAAUGGAUUGGUAGAUUAGAAAUUACAGAUAAACUGACUACUUCAUAUGAAUUCAAAUUAUUAUAUCGUGAUUCCCGUGAUGGGUCUAGUGUGGGGAUUAAAAGGUUUAAAAAGUUCCAUAAAAACUAUAUACUAGAUCAACCUCAUACUGUAACAUUGGUUAAAGUUGAAGGUAGUAACGAAAUUCUUGGAGGAUAUAAUCCGAUUGGAUGGGAUUUUGAUAGUGAUUAUGGUAUUACUAAAGAUAGUUUUAUAUUCUCCUUUGAUAAUGAAAAUAUUGAAAAUUACAUUUUAAGUCGCGUAAAGAAUGAAAAGGAAGCUAUAAGUAGGAUCGUUAGAUAUAAUGGUACGGGUCCAUCAUUUGGUAAUAAUGACCUACGUUUAUACCAAUCUCUCGAUGGUUCAUUGAGAAUCAAUUGCAAAGGUACAACCGAUAAUAAAGACAGCGCCUAUGAAAAACGAAUCAGCACAAUUGAUGUUCCAUCAACCUUUUUAGAAUUUGAAUUAUUUAGAAUUGAUAUUUAAAUAAAGAGUAAAAUGUUUUGUUGAUUUUUUUCAUAGAUAGAAAAAAUUAAUUCUGAAUAUUUUAUAAUAAAAAAAAAA